AUGUCCAGACCCAUUCCUCAACAACAACAACAUCAUCAUCAACAACAAUAUGUACAACACAAUCACCCUUCCAUGUCUACUUCUCCACUCAAUAGUAACAUGAUGAGUCGAGCUAGAUCAUCUUCGGGAGCCAACUCUAAAGCCUCUCUCUCCCAAUCUCCCACAGGUGGUGGCUCGUCCUUUCUUGCUUCCUCUCCACAACAACAGAGUUUCAUCAAGAAGGCAGCAGCUUCCUCUACAUCAUCCACUGCAGGACUUACUGCUGAAGAAUAUGAAUUGUUGAAUCAAAAGAAGGAGCGUUUUCAAACGUGUAAAGAAGUGUUGGAUCGAUUGCAUUGGGAUGAAUCGUUGGCUGAUGUUCUCUCAAAUUUGAGCAUGAUCUACAAGGACCGAUUCGAAGGUGAUGUCUUGAUUGCUUACAGUGAAUAUGAAAAUUCAGAAUUGAAAGACGAUUUACCAGAACAUCGUAUUCAAAGCUUUAUUUAUCGAGAUCAACAUGUCUUUUGGGAUAAGAACAAACGUAUUGACCUCAUUGACAACAAGGAAAUAUUUGCCUUGAUUGACUCGUAUUUGAAUCCUCAACAACCACAGCCAUCAUCUGAGGCAAAAAAGAAGAAGAAGAAAUCCAAGUUGCCAUCCGUCAGAUUAGACAAAUCUGCAGCAAGUACUUUGGUCAAGCAUGUCAACAGUGGAGACAACUUGACUGGUGAAGAUGGAGAAGAAUACGAAGAAGAGGACGAUGAAAUUGAGGAAUAUAUGGCAGAAUAUGAUGAAAUGUAUGGUCAGUAUCUCAAAUAA